GUCAUAACAGAGCAAUUUCGAAUCUUUCUUGUUUAUUGUUUGACUUGAACCUCGACGUUUUCAUGUUUAUUGCUGUUGUUCGUGUUGCUGUCUAACACCAGAUCCUAAUCCGUGACAUCAUGGACCUAAAACUUGACAACAGCACUCUGAACUUUCACUGGUCAGAGAAAGAGGUGUACUGGGCAAGCUUCAGCCACAAAUCAAAGUUGGAGACUGAUGAGCAUCUUUUCUACAAGGGCUUCCUCAACGGGAAGGGCGCGCGCCAGGGGGAGCGUUGCCUGGUGCGCGUGAAGAAGGACGCAUGCGGGGAACAGAGUUAUUGGAGGAGUUAUUUCGACAUCCUUAGUCUAGAGCAACAGAUCACCGACCUCUUUAACAAAUCUGUGCUCAACGAUGACUACCUGGUGGUUAUCCGACCCCACCUUGCACAGAUCGACAGCGUAUCGAGUCUGAACCGAAUGUGCGCACGCAACGGGCCGAAAGAAUUUGGCCAAGAGGAAUUUGUUGUCGUCGAGGAAUUCCAGUCGGAGGAUGGAGGCGGUGCAGGCUGGCAGCGGUUCUCCGAUAUGGUCGGCACCUGCUCCGGCAGCGGCGGCGGCAACAACAACGGUGGCGCCUGCAUCGACAACAACAAUCCCGGAGCUCCCAGCAGCCGCCUCCUCUCCAUCCUCGACGCCCUCUCCCACUUCAGCUUCGUCGUGAUGCACGGCGAGAUGAUUCUUUGCGACUUCCGUGGGGAGGUGCGCGACCGAACCUGUUGCCUCUCCUGUCCAACUGUCCACUCCCGCAAACAUGAAUUCAGAGAAUGGGGUGACGAGGGGGUCUGUGGAAUUAAGACAUUCAUGGCGAAACACAAAUGCAAUAAAUUCUGCCUGAAGUUUGCCUGUAAUUCCGACAACUUGCUCCUGACUGAUCCAAUUGAGAAACUUCCUUAACUUUUCCAUCCUUUUUUUUUUAUUUUUGUUUUAUUUCCUUUU